AAUUAAUCGGAGAAAGAAAAAAGUUGACUAGUGCGAUUUUGAGCAAUUUCUUCGUUUCCAUGGAGUCGGAUAUCGAGAUUUUGUCUGAAGCUGAUGCGUCUAUGCGGAAGCUACGCAUUUUCGGAAUUGAUGAUCGCGAAGAUGAGAAUGGGAGAAGAAGAAUCAAAGAUGUUGAAGUUUAUGUUCCGAUUGUGUGUGGAUCGAUUGCUUUUUAUCUUGGAAAGAAAGCCACAGAAUAUCGAACACAUAAGUGGACUGUUUAUGUACGUGGAGCUACGAAUGAGGAUCUUGGUGUGGUUAUCAAGCGGGUUAUCUUCCAUUUGCAUCCAAGUUUUAAUAAUCCAACUAGAGUGGUUGAUGCUCCUCCCUUUGCAUUGUCUGAGUGUGGUUGGGGAGAAUUCAAAAUCGACAUAACCGUUUUCUUCCAUACCGAUGUCUGUGAAAAGAAGUUGGAGUUGUCUCACGUCUUAAAGCUGAACCCGGAGAAUGCAUAUGGUCCUAUUCCUAAGUCUAUUAAGAUACCCGUUGUCGCUGAGUCUUACAAUGAAGUUGUCUUUCCAGACCCUUUUGAGAGUUUUGUCGCCCGUGUUCAUAAUCACCCGGCUAUACAGAUCUCUAACAUCCCAGAUGGUUUGAACCUGCCUCCUCCAGGAGUUGCUGACACUUAUUAUCUGAUGGAAAAAGGAGACACUAAGGAACAUCCACUCAGUCCAUGGUUUUUGAAGUUUUCAGAAGUAGAAGAGCUUUUUAAACUUACUGCAGCUCGUCAGAAGGUACAAGCUGAUAUUGCCAAGCUAAAAAGACAGUUGAUAAUGGUAGAUGGGCAACCUGAAGGACUUGAGUCUUCCUCUGGCUAUGAAUGUUAAUGAUCAUACCACAACAGAGAUGAGGUUGCUCAGAAAGUUUUUGUGAUAACUGUUAACAGAUCUCGAUGGGGGUUAAAAAACCUUAGAUAUCUUAUUAUCUGAACACCUUUUCUAACUGAUAGAACAUGUAAAAAAGAACCAAUUUGUAGUCAAUAUCGGUGUGUGUACCUACAAAGCACAAAAUGCAUUUGCUCAGUUUGUUUGCUUCUUUGUUUCCAGUUUCUCUCAGACUUGAGCAUCACAGGUUUGUUAUGAAAACACAACUUUAACUUAAUGUUUCUUCUAAAUGGUUUGUUUGCAUACAUGAUGUUGUAUGAC